AUGACACAGACCCCGGAGGUGACAAACGGCGGCUGGCCGUCACGCUCUUUAAUCGGCUGCCAGGGGACCGUCGCACACGGGGAGGGGCGGGGCCGUGUGGGCGGGGCCUCGGGGCUGCGAGCGGCGGUGGGAGGGGGCCCGCUGGGCCCAAGAUGGCGCCCCCGCCUCGGGGGGAGUGGCGUGCUGCUGCAGGGAGAUUUUCUUCCCUUUGUAUGUGAUGGCUGUUCAGGGGUCUUUUGCCUGCAGCACAGGACCCGGGAUGCUCAUGGGUGUUCUGAGGUGAAUAUAAGAAAUAAUUGUGUGAAAUCAGAUCAGCAUAGAUCUUACCCAUGCUCGUUUAAGGACUGCAAUGCAAAGGAGCUUUUACCAGUUUUGUGCCCCUACUGUGAAAAACAUUUUUGCCUAAGGCACCGGCAUCAAUCAGACCAUGAAUGUGAGAAACUGGACGCGCCAAAACCUCGAAUGGCUGCCACUCAGCAGCUAGUUCAAAAUAUUAUAGAUUCUAAAAAAAGUGAGGAAGUCAAAAGCAAAAAACGGAAAGGAGCGAAAAGCAGUGAGACAGCAGCAAAGGUGGCACUAAUGAAACUGAAAAUGCAUGCGUGUGGGGAUAAGUCCUUGCCUCAGACAGAAAGAGUUUACUUUCAAGUGUUCUUACCAAAGGGAAACAAAGAAAAAAGCAAGCCCAUGUUCUUUUGCAGUAAGUGGAGUAUUGGCAAAGUAGUAGAUUGUGCAGCUUCCUUAGCAAGCCUUAAAAAUGACAACAACAAAUCAACAGCUCAGAAACUGAGAUUAUGCCAUAUGGCCUCCGGAGAAGCCUUACCAUUUGAGCACACAUUGGAAACAUGGCUAUCUGAUAAAGAAUAUCCGUUGUAUAAUGGUGGAAACAUCAUUUUGGAGUAUCUUGACAAUGAAGUUCUAUUUAUAGAAGAUACAGAGUCAUACUUCAAUUAAUCAGUAAAUUAUGACGAACAAAAAAAUGGGAGAUUUUAAAAACAGGGGAGCACUCAAACCAAGUCCAAUUUCUUUUUAAAAGCACUGGUAUAUCAUAAUCUCUCCUCUGUUAUAAAGACACAGUUCCCAUCAAUUUCCCAGUUGCAUAACUGACUGAAUUGAAUACUGUCCUGAAAGCAAAAUUAGUUAUUAUAAUAACUAAUGUAACUGAUACUCACUUUCUGGACUAAAUCCUUGCUUUAUUUAGCUGUAUAAUGUCAGUACAAUGGUACUCUUAAAUUUUGUAUUUAUAGUAUUUUUGUGUAAAUGAUGGCAAAAGUAUGUAUUAAGACCAAUAAAUAAUGAAAAAUAAACUUGCAGCCUAUCAGUUCUGUGAAGGUAAGUAACAGCGUACCUUUGCCAUAUCUCUUCUGUCAUCUACAAGAACAGGUUUCCUUGAGGUUUGGAAUCUAGCACUGUCCACGCUCUAGGUUCACAUUUAUGUUUCUCCCCAUAACAAUAUAUUAAUUUUAGAAGGAAAGGCUUCUGGAUUUAAAUCUUAACAUCACUGCGUUGAUUAAGUGGAUGAUUAAAAAAAAAGCAUGAAAUCAUCCCUUUCUGAAAGAUAUGUAAGAGAGGAAAAAAUACAGUUAAAUUAGAAGCAUAGUAUUCAACAUCCUGUACUGUCAUCUUGGCUUGGACAAUUUCUGACCUUAGGUAAAUCUUUUAUUUCCUCUUCAGCAGUCCUCAGGAUGGACUGUGGUCUUACUAAGUUUUAAAGUGGUUGUUGACAGUGACUGUACAUAAAGAAGUUACACUGCUAGUUGCACUGCUUUUAUACACCUUUAGUAUUAAGGCUUUUGCAGUCAUUGCAGUGCCUUGAAAUUCUUUUUGGAGGUCAUUAAGAAGAUUAUUCAGAGUAUCAGUAAUUGAUAUAUUCCAGUUGUUGGAUCUCUUUUAUGUGGAUUUCAAAAUUGGAUUGUAAAUUGAAAAUUAGUGAACAUAGCAAGGAAGAACAGCAAGUUUAUUUUUAUCACAGUUGUGGCUGUUUUGAAUUACUGUAACAGAAAAACAUGUAGUGUUGCACAUAAAUAUUAGGAUAAGCACUUUCCUAAACAUAAGCAAGUUUUAAUGUAUAAUCGGGCAUCCUUGCUUCAUCUUUCUUGUUUCAUGCUAAACCUCAACUCUGCUGUGGCCUUGGGCUAUCUCCAUUUAAACUUAAUGGAUGAAACCCUUUCAAGACAAAUUCCUCCUGCAGCAUACUUUGUUUGUUUUCAUUUGUUUACAAUUAUUCAUACAAUGUCCUCCAAGUGGAAGGAAUUAUUAAGAAAAUCCUGUAACAGAAAAGACAAAGUAUGAAUGGGUACGGAGCAGUGGAUAGUACAAAUCUAAGCUCAAUUUGUAAAGCUGUACUGUUAUUCCUGCCGCUAUAUCAUGCUGUGCAGUAUGAAUUAGCUGCAUAGGUAACCCUCUCUGAUACUAAAGCGGCAUUAUACAACAGGCAAACAAGAUUUUCACUUGCAGUCAGUUGUAGCGUAUACUACGUGAUCCAUUGCUAUUAAAAUGACCUAAUGCCUGGUGAUUAGGGCACAGUCCUCAGGAAGAUUGUGGGAGACACAGCUUUCUCCUCCUCUGACUGAUGGCAGUAACUACUGAGGUGCUGGAUUAAAGGUAGUGUGACUCAUCUUUCUGCGAGUUUGAAAAGAGCUACCUGGGCGCU